AUGCAGAUGGGCCCACAAGGCAAGAUUCACGAGGCGCUGCAGAAGUGGGCGGCCGAGUACGGCUCCGUGUUCAAGUACUUCCUGGGCAGGCGGCCCUGCAUCGUGAUCACUGACCCGGACCUGGUGCGGCAAAUCUGCGUCAAGCGCUUCAUUGACUACCACGACCGCAGCCUGCCUGCCCUGGAGAUGGGCGCCGCCUGCGACAACCACUUUCAGAACAGCGGCAUCCUGUUUGCCAGGGGAAAGUAUUGGCUGGGCAUCCGCACCGCAUGCGAGCCUCUGUUCCACAGCGCAGCGCUCGCCAGCUACGCGCCGAUGAUGAAUCAGGCGAUUGACGAGCUGUUGGGCAAGAUGCAGGCGGCAGCGGUCAGCGGAGAAGGCAUCUGCGUCAGCGAGCUCCUGAAAGCCAUGAGCAUGGAUGUGAUCGGCACCUCAGCAUUUGGUGUGGAGUUUGGGGCGCAGAAGGAGGGCAGCGGCAGCACGCUGGUCAAGGCGGCAGAGGCGAUGUUCACUCCCAUGGGAGGCCUGCCCUUUUGGGCCGCCAUCCUGUCAUUUGCAGUGCCAGACCUGAGGCGUGUGUGGUACCGCCUGGCCCUGCUGCUCAACCCAAAAAUGAUCAACCAGACAGUUGCAGACCGCCGUUACCUGUGGGGGGCAUCACAAGCGCUGCUGGACAGCGCCCGCAAGCAGGCAACCGAAGCAGGGGCGACGGCAGGAGGGCAGGGCCCGGCUGCGGCCAACGGGCUGCGGAGCAGCGGGGAGGAGGGAGCCAAGGUGGCGGUGGAGUCUGUCGCUUUCCAGCAGGCGUACAAGACAUAUGUGGCUCAGGUGCCGCCUGAGACCAGCGUCGUCAGCAGACUCAAGGAUGCGGUGAACAAGCAGACGGGCAAGCAGCUCUCUGAUCUGGACAUCUGCGCUCAGCUCUUUACCUUCCUGCUGGCUGGCUACGAAACCACCAGCCUGGCGCUGUCGUACGCGCUGUAUCUGCUGGCGCAGCACCCCGAGCACCAGCGGCGCAUCCAGCAGGCAAGCGGUGCACGGGGCCCUGCUGAGGUGGAUGCCUUGGGGCAGCGUGAGCUGGUUUAUGAAGACCUGGCAAAGUUGCCGUAUACAGAGGCGGCGUUCCAAGAGUCUAUGCGCCUCUACCCGCCAGUCUCUUCCCUGAUCGCCCUGGUGCGGGAGGCCGGGCAUGGAGGCGUAGACCUGGACCUCACUGGCGGCAGCCGCAGGAGCCUGGCCACGCCAGCAGCGGGGCCCACCAGCGUGUUCAUUCCAGGCGAGCUGCUGCCGCUGGGUUGCAGCGACAACUGCCGUGUCAUGUUCAACAUUUGGACGCUGCACAGGGACCCUCGUUAUUGGGAAGCUCCGGAAGAGUUCAGGCCCGCACGCUUCCUGCCAGACGAGGCGGCCAGCCACCACCCGGGAGCGUACUUCCCCUUUGGCCUGGGGCCCCGCAGAUGUGUGGGCUGGCGGUUUGCGCUGGAGGAGGGCGUGCUGUGCCUGGCCCGCAUCUUCCAGCGCUUUGAGCUGCGCCUGGACGCCGAGCGCCACACCGGCCCGCUCGACCUGCGCAGCAGUGUGACGCUGGCGCCGCCCAAAGGCAUCUGGCUGAAGGUACACGGCCGGGAGGCGUAG